GGUUUGGCUUUGCUUUUAUCAUUACUCCAACAUCUGUGUCCAGUGUAAGAACUGUAAGAACAUUCCUCCUCCAUUGGAUUAGUUUGCUGCCUCCAUUAUCACUUCAAAGCCCAUAGAAAAAGCUGUAAAGACCACUCUGUCUCUCUCUCUCUCUCUCUCAAAAUUCCCAUAUAUCACCAUCAUUAUUUGUUCAUCCUCUUUUCACAGAUUAAAAACAAUCUCACUCACCUUCUUGUUAUUAAUCCACUUGUAGGUUUAAAUCCCAUAUGUUUUCACCAGUGAAAAGUCCAAAAAUUCUCUUAAAAAACCAAUAUCAUCUUUGUCUUGUUCUCUUCAGAUGAUAAAUAUUUUUCUAAUCCGCCCUGAAGUGCAUGUUACCUUUUCUGGAUUCUCUUUGUGUGGGCAAUGAUUUCUGUUUCCUUUACUUUCUACUAUCAUCUAGCUGAUAUUUUCUAUUGAAAGGUUUUUUGUUUCUCGUUAAAUUUGCCUUUCCCAUGUGGUUCUUUUAUCAUUCUUCUGCAUUUUCUGUGUCAGAGUUUUGACGGGUUGUGCUGCAGGUGGUUCCGCUUUAGCGGCUUGAGUUAAUAAUAUUAAAGAGUUCUCUUCUGUUGGUCUUCCUGGGUAGGCCUUUCAACUGCUUUUCUUUAUUUUUCCAUGUUGCUCUUCCCUUCUUUUUCCAAUUUUAACUCUUCCUGAAUUUGUUAAUAGUUAAAAUUGCUUGAUGCUUUACUUGUUCUAAUUUUGUUCGAAGGUCCUGGAAUGUUUUCUUCAUUUCAAUAGGUUCUUUCGUAUAGAUAUUUAUUGGGGUUGUUGGAAUUUUCCAUUCUUUUCUUUGAAGUAAGUUUCCAGUUUUGCUUUCUAUGAACGCUCGGGACCUGUUCAGUCUUUAGCUUGUAGUGUUCUUGCUUCUAUUGUCAUUUUUAGUUGGUAUUGAAUUGUGUCUUCUAAGGGCUUUGAUCAACUUCCCUAAAUUUGUUCUUUUGCCUAAUCAUAUUUCAGUAAUCUCUUGUUCUUCAUUGUCAUAAUGCGUCCCACUUAUUUCCCUCUUCGAUGGGAGAGUACUGGAGACCAGUGGUGGUAUGCUUCUCCCAUUGAUUGGGCAGCUGCUAAUGGCCACUAUGACUUGGUCAGGGAGCUCCUUCGCAUUGACAACAAUCACCUUAUCAAGCUCACCUCUCUCAGGCGAAUUCGACGCCUUGAGACUGUGUGGGAUGAUGAGGAACAGUUUGAUGAUGUUGCCAAAUGUCGCUCUCAAGUUGCCAGAAAACUUUUUCAUGAGUGUGAAUCCAAGAAAGGUAAAAAUUCUCUCAUCCAAGCCGGCUAUGGUGGAUGGCUUAUCUACACUGCUGCUUCAGCUGGAGACUUGAGUUUUGUUCAGGAACUUCUUGAAAAGAACCCUCUACUUGUUUUUGGUGAAGGAGAAUACGGUGUUACAGAUAUACUCUAUGCUGCUGCCAGAAGCAAGAGUAGUGAAGUUUUCAGGAUUGUUUAUGAUUUUGCUGUUUCUCCAAGGUUUUUGACAGCAAAAGGUGGAGAGUUUGAGGAGCACAUAGGGGAUAUUCCUUCUCUGUACAAGUGGGAGAUGAUCAAUAGGGCUGUUCAUGCUGCUGCAAGAGGUGGGAAUUCAAACAUUUUGAGGGAGCUUCUCAGUAAUUGCACUGAUGUCUUGGCUUAUAGAGAUAAGGAAGGCGCAACUAUUUUACAUGCUGCUGCUGCCAGAGGGCAGGUCGAGGUAGUUAAAGAUCUUAUAGCCUCCUUUGAUAUCAUCAAUUCAACAGACCAUCUAGGCAACACAGCGUUGCAUAUUGCUGCUUAUAGGGGUCAAUUAUCUGUGGUAGAAGCUCUGAUUGCUGUGUCUCCCUCAUUGAUCUCUUUAACAAACAAUGCUGGAGAAACCUUUCUUCAUAUGGCUGUGUCCGGAUUCCAAACUCCUGCCUUUAAAAGAUUGGACCGGCAGAUUGAGCUUAUGAAGCAGUUGGUUUGUGGGAAAUUUUUCAAUGUGGAAGACAUCAUCAAUGCCAAAAGUAAUGAUGGAAGGACUGCACUCCACACAGCCAUCAUUGGGAAUGUUCACUCUGAUCUUGUGCAGCUCCUGAUGUCUGCUCAUUCAAUAAAUGUCAAUGUCCAUGAUGCAGAUGGGAUGACCCCUCUUGAUCUUCUUAAGCAACGGCCACAUUCUGCAUCAUCAGAUGUACUGAUUAGGCAACUGAUUUCAGCAGGUGGGAUAUUUGGUUGCCAGGAUUAUUCUGCAAGAAAAGCCAUUGCCUCUCGUUUGAAGAUGCAAGGUAAUGGAGUCAGUCCUGGAACAUCAUUCAGAAUCUCCGAUGCAGAAAUAUUCUUGUAUACAGGUAUUGAGAUUGCUUCUGAUGCUGAUCCAGCUUAUGAAGAAAGGAGUUCAUAUUCAACUGAACAUAUUGACUCAACCAAUGGGAACCAGAGCUCAACAAUUAAUAGGAAGUUAGGUUCUGUUAGUAGCGCAGCACAACAGUUGAAAAGAGUCCUCCAUUGGCCCCGUCUGAAAGGGGAAAAACCGGAAAGAUUCAAGAAAUCAGUGGAUCAAGUUUCUUUGGAAUCAUGCAAGAAAUGCAAUUGUCCAGGGGAAACUCCAACCCCACUUCGCCAGAAAUUCACGAAGCCCUCAUCCCUUCCUAACAACAAGAGGACACUUUCCGUUAGGAGUAAUCAAUCAAGUCCAACAGCCAAGAAGAAAUUUGCUUCAGGCAUAAUGCAUGGUGUUAUGCAGGCUAUGCCACAAUUAACUGUUCCAGGUCGAUCACGCUCAAGUUCAUUUUCAAAAUCAUCCACAUCUUCUCCUACUUCGUUGGAUAAACAAAAAGGGGUAUUUAUUGACAAUGAUGUAGCUGGGCCAUCAUCUUCCAAUCAAUCAUUUGAUGAUAGAACACCAAAUGUGAUUGGGAAAGAAGGCUCCACGAUGAAUAAGAAGUUGAGGAACCAAUACUUCUGUUUUGGUGCAUCUGGCCUUUCUGUGAAAACCCCAGUUAGCAGGCCGCGGCAAAGCCAUAGUUCAAAUCCUUCUGUUCUCUCAGCAGCUUGAUGAGAAAAGCUAUUGUCUUGCAGUGAUUCAGGUGUCAAAGAAAGGAGGGAGUCCAAAGCUGAGAGCCCAGACGGAAGCAAGCAGCAGAUUGUCUAACUUAGACGAAGAUUAACAAGUUCUCUUAGCUGUUUCCUGCAUGUCUUUUCCUUUGUAGAAUGUUGUCUUGUUUAAUUUGAGUAGGCCAAGUAAUCGUACUCAAAACUUUCUCUGAAGUACAUCUUGUGCUUUUAUGUUGUGGAAAGUAGUGAAGAAAUGUAAUAUUCUGAACGGUUAAGCAUUUAGUUUUCUUAUUUCUUUCA